UUUAUUUCUUAUUACCACCAUUCCUCGCCCAUUAACCCCAUUGACCAUAUCUGUUUCAUCUUCUUCCUCCUUCAACCCCUCUUCUAUGGCUGCCGCCGUCGUCGUCGCCGGAUCCGACGCCUCCCUUGAGUACCCCGGCCGAAUCACGUGGCUUGUCGUCCUCUCCUGCCUCAUGGCCGCCACCGGCGGCCUCCUCUUUGGCUACGAUACCGGCGUCACCGGCGGAGUGACGUCGAUGGAGGCUUUCCUGAAGAAAUUCUUCCCGGAGAUUUACACCAGGAUGGCGGAGGAGGCCGACACCACCAGCAACUACUGCCAGUUCGACAGCCUCCUGCUGACGUCAUUCACGGCGUCGAUAUACCUCUCCGGCCUCGUCGCCAGCUUCUUCGCCGGCCGCGUCACGCCGGCGUACGGACGGCGAGCCUCAAUCAUCAUCGGCGGCGUAGCCUUUCUCGCCGGCGCCGCUGUCGGCGGCGCCGCCGACAACCUACUCAUGCUCCUCUCCGGCCGCCUUCUCCUCGGCGUCGGCAUCGGCUUCACCAAUCAGUCGGUCCCUCUGUACCUAUCGGAAAUGGCGCCGCCGCAGUACAGAGGCGCUUUCAACUACAGCUUCCAAUUCUGCGUGUCCUUCGGAAGCGCCGCUGCUUUUCUGAUCAAUUGCGCCACCAACACGGUGGCCGGAGAUUUAGGCUGGCGGAUCUCCCUCGCUGCCGCAGCAUUUCCGGCGCUGAUCCUAACCAUCGGCGCGAUUUUCCUAUCGGAGACGCCCAACAACCUCAUCCAACGGGGGGCGGACGUUGGGCGCGCCGAAACCCUCUUGCGCCGAAUCCGCGGCACCGACGAUGUGCGCGCGGAAUUAGACGAUCUCGUCGCGGCAAGCCGCAACACGGCCGCGAUUAAACGGCCGUGGAAGCGAAUUUUUAAACGGAAGUAUCGGCCGCAGCUCGUGAUGUCUGUAGCGAUACCGUUUUUUCAACAGAUGACAGGGAUCAACGUGAUCACGUUCUACUCACCGAUACUCUUCCGCACGAUCGGAUAUGGCGAGAGCGCGUCUCUCGUCUCGACGGUGAUGAUCUCUGUUGUCGGGGUGACCGUGAUGAUCGUCUCGUCCCUAAUCGUCGACAAAUUUGGCCGGCGGAUAAUUUUCAAAAUCGGAGGGAUCGCGAUGUUCGCCACGCAAGUAUCGAUCGGCGCCGUAAUGGCGGCGAAAUUAGGGGAUCACGGCGAGUUGAGCCGGGGGUAUAGCGCGGUUCUUCUCGUGUUAAUUUACGUAUACGUCGCCGGGUUCGGGUUCUCGUGGGGCCCGCUCGGGUGGCUCGUGUCGAGCGAGAUUUUCCCGCUCGAGAUACGGUCGGCGGCGCAAAGCAUAUCGGUGGCGGUGAAUUUCUUCACGAGUUUCCUCGUCGGGCAAACGUUUCUCGCGAUGUUGUGUCGGAUGAAGGCCGGGACGUUUUUCUUCUACGCCGCGUGGGUCGCUGUUAUGACGGCGUUCGUGUGGUUGUUUUUACCGGAGACGAAGAAUAUUCCGAUCGAGAAGAUGGAGAUGGUGUGGAAGAAGCAUCCGAUCUGGAAGCGAGUGGUUUGCGACGGCCGCGACGGAAAAGACGACGGAGAAAUAGAAGAUCCAUUUCUCCGGUGAAAGAGGUUUGUUGUGAACUCAUGGGAACGUUAUUAAUUGAAUUUAUUUUCAUGUAAAUUUGAUGUUAUAUUUAUAUGUAAUUUUAUUUAAAAAAAUAAAUUAAUUAAUUGUUACACAAUUAGAUAGGUACAAUUUUUUUUUUUACCAUUUUUGUAACAUUGUUUUGUUAAGUCACGGAGUUCACUAAUGUGGACGUCCGAAUCUUGUCUGGAUUUGUUGUAAUUGACGUCGACCGUUAUACACGACGUCUGUUCUCAACCUGGAAUUUCAAAUGCUUUAUUUACUUGCGAA